AUGGCUGGUCAUUCAUCUAGUGGUAUGGGUUCUAGUUCUGCUUCAUCUACUCCUACUCGUAGUGAUAGUACUAUGCCUUCCAUUGAUAAUGAUACUAUUGGAUGUGUUGGUGUUGGCACUCAAAACCCUAGUUUAGCUCUCCCACCAAAACCUAAAAAAUCUGAGCAAACAUCAAUGGUUUGGGAACAUUUUACCAAGGUAGAGGGGGGUGAUCCCGAGGAUCCUAAAUCACAAUGCAAUUAUUGCAAGAAAUUGUUUAGUUGUCACAGUAAAAGGUUAGGUACUUCAUCAAUGCUAACACAUUUGAAGAAUACUUGCAAAAAAUAUUCCAGUAAGUUUGAUAAGUCACAAUCAAAGUUAAGUUUUGAGGUUAAGAGGGAAGGCCAAAUGGCAAUGGGAGAAGGAACUGUUGGUAAUUUGGUGAUUACUAAAUACAAUGCUGGGAAAAUAAGGGAAGCAAUUGCGAAGAUGAUAAUUAAGGAUGAGUUGCCAUUUAGGUUUGUAGAAGGUGAAGGGUUUCGGGAUUUCAUGAAUAUAGUUGAGCCUAGGUUUUCAAUUCCUUCUCGUUAUACUGUGAUGAAGGAUUGUAUUAAGCUCUUCUUGUCUGAGAAGGAAAAGUUGAGGGCAAUGUUUAUGACAACUGGAGUUCGGGUUUGUCUUACCACUGAUACAUGGACUUCGGUUCAAAACCUUAAUUACAUGGUAAUCACCUCCCAUUUUAUUGAUAGUGAUUGGAACUUACACAAAAGAAUUAUAAACUUUUGUUUAAUUCCUAAUCACAAAGCUGAUACCAUUGGGGAGAAGAUUUUGUCGUGUAUGCUUGAGUGGGGUAUUCGUAACAUUUUCACUAUCACAGUUGACAAUGCUUCUACCAAUGAUAAGGCUUUGGAGUUUGUGAAGAGGAGAACUGGUAAUAAGGAGGGUGCCAUAUUAGAGAGUCAGUUUAUGCAUAUCAGGUGUUGUGCACACAUAUUAAAUCUUAUUGUGACUGAUGGUUUGAAAGAGGUAGAUGACUCCAUUGUGAGGGUUAGAAGUGCGGUGAAGUAUGUGAAGUCUUCACCUGCAAGAUUUGAGAAGUUUAAGGGUUGUAUUGAAAGAGAACAAAUUUCUUUCAAGGGUUUGUUGUGUCUUGAUGUUUCAACUAGAUGGAACUCUACAUUUUUGAUGUUGGAAGGUGCUGAAAAAUGUCAAUCUGCUUUUCAACUUAUGGAAGAGUUUGAUAAAAACUUUAAGAGUGCAUUGAAUGAGGAAAAGAAUGAGAAAGAGGGUUUGGGACCUCCUACAUGUGUUGAUUGGAAUCGGAUUAGGAUUUUUCUUAAGUUUCUCAAACUUUUUUAUGAUGCCACAAUGCGACUUUCGGGGUCUUUAUAUUGUACAUCUAAUAUGUACUUUCAAGAAGUUUGUGGCAUUCAAAUGCAUUUACAAGAGUAUAUUGCUAGUGAUGAUUUUGUAUUGAGUUCUAUGGCAGAGAAGAUGAUGAUGAAGUACAAUAAAUAUUGGGGGGAUCUUGAAAACAAUGAUAAGGUUAACUUGAUGAUGUUUGUUGCGGUUGUACUUGAUCCACGAACCAAAUUGGAGUCAUUGGAAUAUUGGUUCAAAGAUGUGCUUGGUGACAAGAAAUGUGAGGAGAUGGUGAAAAAAUUGAAGUCAUGCCUUAACAAAUUAUAUGAUCACUACAAUGUUGGACAGAGUUCAUCUCAAGUUCAACAUGGUAGUGAAUUGCUUCAAGGUUCCUCAAUGAAAAUAGAAGAAACUGAGAGUGCCAACUUUUACUUCAUGAAUAGGUGA